CUCACAGUUUCAGUUCAAUACUCGAAGAUGGCAUAUCUUGCCGUAAUAACGUUGCUCACUUUGUCUGCGCUGUGUUUGCAUAUCGCGACUUGUCUGCCUCAAAAUCAAUUGAGUAGUAGCGGGAAUGUUUCACCAUUUAUCACCUACCUCUGCGAUGAUGAUUUAUUAAAAACCACCUCAAACAAAAUGGAUCUUUUGAAUCUCAAAUUCGAAAACCACAAUUUACGUCUGCAGAGUGACUUUAACGCUAUGAAGCAGCUUCUGCGGGAAAUAAAGACGAAUCUUGAGUUAAUGGAAUUGAAAGCUAAAAAUGUGUGCACCGAACAGUGCAAGUCAAAUGAAGUAAUACCACCACCACCGCCACUACUCAAAGCAGCAUCAACCUGCGCUGAAGCGAUGCUUAAACCAAAUGGUGAAUAUGCCCCGAGUGGUGUGUAUGAACUCUACUUACCAGAAUAUCUACCACAACCAUUCCCCGUGUACUGCCUGCAAGACACCGAUGGCGGUGGUCCUUGGACCAUAAUACAACGUCGACAGAAUAAUGACACAGAUUUCUAUCGUGGCUGGUAUGAGUACGUAAAUGGCUUUGGCGAUUUGGAGAGCAAUUUCUGGUUAGGUCUAGAUAAAAUAUAUGCGCUGACACAGUCUCAUAUGUACAAUUUAUGGUUCCAAUUGGAAAAUUUUCAAAAUGAGAAACGUUAUGCGAAAUAUGAAAGUUUUGCCAUCGAUGGUGCUAGCGGAAAGUAUGCGCUGAGUGUGUUGGGCGAAUUUUCAGGCACAGCCGGUGAUUCAUUCACACCGCAUCGGGGUGAAAAAUUCACCACCAAGGAUUCUGAUAACGACCAAUGGGGUGAAAACUGUGCUAAACAGUAUACCGGCGCUUGGUGGUAUCAAAAAUGUCACGCAAGCAAUUUGAACGGCUUAUAUUAUGGUGGUGAAUUUCCAAAAGACCAAUAUGCAAAGGGUGUUGUGUGGCACUCGUGGCUGGGACAUUAUUACUCAUUAAAAUAUGUACAUAUGGCAAUGAGACCACGGAAAUUGCUAUAAAAGGACAUGCGAGUGAAAAGGAAUAUAAUUACAAUUUUUAAAUUUGAUAUUGGCCUGUAAUAUAUGAAUCCAUGACAUAUACUAA